AUGGCGAGAACAGUGGAGAAGAGAGGGGAAGUUUUGGAUCAAACGUCGGAGCUACAUGUGCUAGCUGUCGAUGACAGCCACUUGGAUCGAAAGGUCAUUGAGCGAUUGUUGAAGAUCUCGGCCUGUAAAGUGACGGCUGUUGAGAGUGGAAGGAGAGCUCUUCAGUAUCUGGGUUUUGAUGGAGAGAAGUCCUCGGCUGGGUUCAAUGGUUUGAAGGUGAAUCUUAUAAUGACAGACUAUUCUAUGCCUGGGAUGAGCGGAUACGAAUUGCUCAAGAAGAUAAAGGGUUCAUCAACAUUGAAGGAAAUACCAGUGGUGAUCAUGUCAUCGGAGAACAUCCUGACUCGCAUUGAUAGGUGUUUGGAGGAAGGGGCAGAGGAGUUUCUAGUGAAGCCAGUAAAGCUGUCAGACGUGAAGCGUCUGAAAAGUGUCAUAUUAAAGGGGGACGGAGAGGAAAAUGGAGAUAUGAGAACCCAAAAAAGAAAGGUACGAGAUGAUUCAUCAUCAUUGUCACCAUCACCACCAUGGCCCUUGUCUUCAUCUUCAUCAUCUUUUGCUUGUGAUUUUUCACCAAACCAAAUGAAGUCCCCAUCAUCCUUGUCUAUGCAAUCUCCUUUAAAGCGGCCUAAAUUACGUAAUAUAUUUUGAUCUACCAUCG